UGAGAAUGGAGGCAUCAGGAAAAGCUGUUGGAAAACAGGAGGAAGAAGCAGGGAAUUCUCACACACAAAGAAGGAAACACAUUUAGUGAUCUGAAGGAGGGGGGAUGUUCAGACACAACACUGUGAGAGUGGCUGCUGAUGACAAGGGAAGGACAGAGAUCAGAUGAUAUUCUAUGUGUUAUCCACAACUGGAUCAGGUUAAAGUCUGUCUGGAUCCAGCUGCCAGGAACGUGCAGGACUCGUGCAAACUGCCCAGCUUGGAGCCAAAGUUUGGAUGGACAUUACAAGGGUCUUCUGGCAUCUAGAUCUUCAAGCUGUGAUCCUGCUCUCCACACUCACAGAUAUUUGCAUUGGCUAUUGUGGAAUCGACUGCAAAGCUUAUUGCUGUGAUGGGACCCCGCCAUACUGCUGUUCCUAUUAUGCCUACAUCGGAAACGUUCUUUCAGGCACGGCGAUAGCAGGGAUUGUGUUUGGCAUUGUAUUUAUCAUGGGGGUGAUCGCAGGAAUAGCUAUCUGCAUCUGUAUGUGUAUGAAGAAUGCCAGGGGCACUCGCGUGGGAGUUAUAAGGACCACACACAUCAACACCAUUAGUUCUUACCCAGUUUCUCCACCACCCUACAGCUUUGAAUAUGAGAUGGAAUAUCCACUGGACCUACCACCACCAUACACGCCAACUCCACACAUGUCUAUGCAGUAUCCAUCACCACCUCCUUAUCCGGGACCAAGGAAAUAAGAUUCUAUGAACGGGAUGCUCGACUAAUGCAGAGACGGCAACAUGUUUUAGUUUUUUACCAAGAUAGAAUAAAUACAAAUACAGGGGUAUUUUGUGCAGGAAAACAUAACAUCCCAAAUCUAAGCAAACAUUCCAGCCUUAUGUCCUGAAAUGCUUGAAUCGAGGUCUUCUGGACAGCAUUCAGCUCUGAUUCUUUAUGUGUCCACUUAGACUGAACUAUAACCCAAACAUGCACCACCCUGUAAGGAACUUAUUUAUUUUGCUGUACAAUGUAUUUGUGAGAAGAAUACUGUAAAAAUAAAGAUAGGGAAAGCCUUUGUUACCUGAUAAAUUAGUUUAAUUGUAAUUCUAAAAUUAAAUUGUCACAGAUGGCUUUUUUUAAACAAAUAUUUACAUUUUUAAUAAAAAGAAAUAAUGCCAUAAACAACUUUGAUCACA